AUGUCCAGAUUACUCCUGGAGACCCUGACCCUCUCCACUGUGCUGAAGUGUACCCCCCAUGAUGGCUGUGCCCUACUCCUGCGUGUUCAAGCCUCCCUGACCCUGCAUGAGCGCCUGCGUGGCCUAGAGGCCUGUUCCACAAGCCUCUACACCCAGGAGACACAGUGCCAGAGUGUGCGCGUCCCUAGGGUCUCCCGCCAGCUGCAGGCGAGGCAGCAGCUCCAGGUACACUUCAACUGCUUCCAGGUGAGCGUGGCCCAGCACCUCCACGUCACCCUGAGGACUAUCCCCCACUUCUGCGGGGUCCAGCUUGAUCAGCAGUACCUUGUGGAAGCAGGGAAGCUCCACUACUGGGUAGACCGCAGGCACAAGGCCAUCCUGGCGCAGGUGCCUGCGACCUUCAGGAGGCUUGACUACUACGUGCGGCUCUGCCUCAGGUGGUUCACCUGUGAGGACGCCGGCGCACCUGUGCUGGUGACUGCCAACAGCUCCUCGAGGACAGUUUCUCUGCCUUACAGCCAGGUGCUGCCCUGCCUGUGCCUAGAGGGCUGGGCUGCUGCUCCUGAUGCAGUGAGGGUCCAGGUCUGCCCUUUUGAAGACGACACAGAAGUGCUAUGGGAUGCCAUCCGCUACCACCCAGGAAGCCAGGCACUGAGUUGGGAGCCCGCCUGCCCUGUUAGCGGCCAAGUGAGCCUAUGCUGGCGCCUGGGCCCCAGCGGCCCCUGCCAAGACCUGCAGUACUCCAGUCGCCCAGCACAGGGCAUAGUGCAGUACCCGCUGGUGGACACCCAGCCCCAGCUUUGCCUAAAGUUCUCCACCAACCUGGGGUCCCGGGUGAGGUGCCCUUUCCAACAACGUGGCUUCCCAGCCCUGCUCACUUCCAGGCACGCCUGUGUCUCCGAGGGAAGUCACAGCUUCUUGCCUGCCAACCAGCACUCCAGGCCAGACCCCUUCCUGCAGCCUCAGUGA